AUGGUAUCUCAAAAACACGUCGUCUUCGACAUUGUCGGAACAUGCGUCUCAUUCGACGCCUUCUACAAUUGCAUCGACAAGGUCCUCGGUGACAGACUCCGGGCGCACCACAUCACGCCUCGCUCGCUGGGCUUUACAUGGAUGACAGCCGCCGAACUGGAAUUCACCUUCCUGUCCAUCUCGGAGCGGUAUAAGCCUUAUAAAGAGAUCUUGAAAGCUCUUUUCUUCCGCACCCUGUACAUGAUGGGCAUUGAAGAUCCACGGCAAUUCGCCACAGAGGACGAGCGGGACCGGUGCGCGCAGGGUUACUCGGAGCUCGAGCUCCGACCUGGAGCCAAGGAAUGCUUUGCCAAGCUGCGAGAGGCGGGCUUCACGGUGUGGGGGCUCACCACGGCGGAUAUCCAGCGCGUGCGCGGGUACUUUGAGCGUGCGGGCGUGAGUAUGCCGGCGGAGAACUUCAUAAGCUGCGAUUCGCAGGGCGUGGCGAAGCCGGCGCUUGCUGCGUAUCGGCCUGCUUUGGCACGGUUUGCGGAUGACGAUGUGAAGUGGUUCGCGGCGGCUCAUAUGUGGGAUGUGACCGCAGCGGUGAAAGUUGGGUUCCGGGGCGCAUAUUGUUCGGUCUACGAGAAGGAGUCAUGCGCGGAGAUCUUUGAUACGGAGCUUGAGGUUUUCGCGGAGACGUUACCGCAGAUGGCUGAUGGUAUCAUCUCAGCUUCGCGUUGA